AUGGUGACGAUGGCACGGCACAUUGGGCUUGACCCGAACAACCACCAGUGGCACCGCUCUUCAACCUCACUCUCACGCCAUCUCCUCUCCGCCCUCCUUCUCACAACCACCAUCACCACGGGUGUACACGCCUACACCCCUCUUUCCACCUGCACCCUCCAACACCUCCCCUCCGGGCCCUCCUCCGACUUCGACAUCCACAAUGGCUUCGGGUCUAGCUCUCUCCUCGCCCCCAUCCUAAUCCCACGCGUCCCCGGCACCGAAGGCUCUCGCCUCGUCCAACAGCACUUUGUCGAUUUCUUUUCUUCCCAACUACCCGACUGGACGCUCGAGUGGCAGAAUUCAACCUCCACGACGCCCGCAACAGGGUCCCAGCUCAUCCCGUUUGCGAACUUGAUUCUACGAAGGGACCCACCUUGGGCAAAGGCCGGGAAUGUGAAGAGGUUGACGCUCGCGGCGCAUUAUGAUAGUUUGUUUAGACCGGAGGGGUUUAUCGGGGCUGUGGAUAGCGCGGCGCCUUGUGCUAUUUUGAUGGCGGUGGCGAGGGCGGUGGAUGGGGCGUUGGGGAGACGGUGGGAAGGGGUUAUGGCCGCGAAGGAGAAGAGGGAGGCAGGUGGGGAGCGGGAUGCUGGUGAUGGGUUGGAGGAUGAGGAAGGCGGGGAGGAGGAGGAGGAGGAGAAGGGAGUGCAGAUUGUGCUGUUCGAUGGCGAGGAAGCUUGGGAGAGGUGGACGAAUACGGAUUCGACUUAUGGCUCUAGAGCACUGGCCGAAGCGUGGCAAUCAUCUCCAUACGAGGCCUCAUCAACCCACUCCAACCAGCUAGAGUCCAUCAGCCUGCUCGUGCUCCUGGAUCUCCUGGGAGCGGGCAACCCCCGGAUUCCGUCCUACUUCUGGGACACGCACGGGGCGUACAGAGACUUGGCCAAGAUCGAGACCAGGCUACGAAAGCUGGGGGGGUUGGAAACCGCACCCGCUUCGCCAUUCUUACCGGAUAGCGAGAAGCCGUAUAACCGGUUUACGAGGGGGUAUAUACAGGAUGAUCAUGUUCCGUUCAUGGAACGUGGUGUCAAGGUGUUGCAUAUCAUACCCACGCCGUUCCCGCCCGUGUGGCAUACUAUGGAUGAUGAUGGGGAACAUCUUGAUCUGCCGACUGUGAGGGAUUGGGCUAAGAUCAUGACGGCGUUUGUUGCUGAGUGGAUGGAUCUCGAUGGGGUGCUUUCGCAGGAAAGCUGCGCUGCGCAGAAGAAUAAAGACAGGGGGAGCAUGGAGAAAGACGAGCUCUAG